AUGUGCCGCGCCAAAAGUACUGAAUCGAUACGGCACGCUCGCCUUUCUUGGCGCGAGGACUCCAUCACGAUUACUUUCGCUCAUAUGAAAAACGAUCAAGACGGAAGUCGGCCUCGCGAUCCCAGGCAUGUGUACGCAAAUCCAACCAUGCCCGAAAUCUGCCCGGUAUUAGGACUUGGAGUGUAUUUCGCUGUUUUUGGUUUAGCUCGCGAUGGAAAACUUUUCCCUGGUGGUAAUAAGUACAGUCGAUUUCUCAAAGUAUUGAAGUCUGUGCUUAGUGGAGAACUGAUGCAGCGAACGUUAGCUGAGUUUGGAUUAACGGCUGCUGAUUUUGGUACGCACUCCGCGCGUAAAGGUGCUGAUACCUAUGUUAGUAGCUGCUCUACUUCGGGUCCGUCAGCAGCGGCUAUUUGCCUUCGGGCUGGUUGGACUCUUCCAGGUGUCCAGGACAAGUAUGUUCGGUUUGAAGCCGCUGGUGACAUGGUGUUUGGUCGGUAUCUUGCGGGCCUUCCAUUUGAUUCUCCAAAAUUUGCAGCGUUACCUCCAUUUUUCGAUGUGCAAAGUGAUCAAGAAGCUGACAGACUGGAACUACGGCAGCGCAUUGAUGUCGCCAUAAAAGCCAUUUUUCCCGGUGUUCCAGCCAGUCUGCGGAUGAUCUGUCAAUUUGGUCUGGCGUCAAUGCUGUUCCACAAGUCGUUCUUGCAGCAGUCACUGCCUACGAAUCAUUUGCUGUUUGCUACUCCGCUAUUCAACACAAUGAAGCGCAAUUUGAGUGGCUGCGGCGUCGUGUAG